CGGCGAGCGCGGCGCGGAGCCGCACAGCGGCCGAGCGGGGAGUCGGCGCACGGGUGGCGGCUCCGCAGAGGCGCGAGGCCGAGGGAGCGCCGGAGUCGCGAGCUCGCGAGGGGCGGCGAGAGCGACGCUCGCAGCGCCGAGGACGCAGGCGACGGCAGGCGGGCCUGGUGGGCGCAGCGCGGCCCGCGCCACUGACCGACCGGAGGCGGCCCCGGGCUCCGCCGCCCUGGGCGCCGCGAGCCCCCCGCGCGCGUUCUCGCCCUCUCGCCCCUCCCUCCUCCCUCCGGGGUGCAACAUGGCUGCGGCCGCCGCCUCCGCCUCCCAAGACGAGCUGAAUUCUUUAUACAAUUGCAUAUGUACGAGUGGAUGAACAUACCAUUGGUGAUCCAGAGGAUUUUUGUCAAGAUUGGAUAAACCAUGUAUCACAUUGAUUGUAGAGAUCAGCUCGAACGGGUCUUUUUACGACUUGGCCAUGCUGAAACAGAUGAACAAUUACAGAAUAUUAUAUCUAAAUUCCUUCCUCCUGUUUUGCUCAAAUUGUCCAGCACCCAAGAAGGGGUACGGAAAAAGGUAAUGGAGCUGCUGGUCCAUCUGAAUAAGCGUAUAAAAAGUCGUCCCAAAAUACAACUCCCAGUAGAGACAUUGUUGGUUCAGUACCAGGAUCCUGCUGCAGUUUCCUUUGUCACAAAUUUUACUAUAAUUUAUGUUAAAAUGGGCUAUCCUCGCCUACCAGUGGAAAAGCAGUGUGAACUGGCCCCUACGCUCCUAACUGCCAUGGAAGGGAAGCCUCAGCCACAACAGGAUAGCUUAAUGCAUCUUUUAAUACCAACCCUUUUUCACAUGAAAUACCCUGUUGAAUCGUCAAAAUCAGCUUCUCCAUUUAAUCUUGCUGAGAAACCAAAGACUGUGCAGCUGCUUUUGGACUUCAUGCUAGAUGUCCUUCUGAUGCCUUAUGGAUAUGUUUUAAAUGAAUCCCAGAGCCGCCAAAAUUCAUCUUCAGCACAGGGUUCUUCUUCAAACAGUGGGGGAAAUUCUGGAAUCCCGCAGCCUCCCCCAGGAAUGAGCUUUUAUGCAGCAAAACGAGUUAUUGGUGAUAACCCAUGGACACCCGAACAAUUAGAACAGUGUAAAUUGGGCAUUGUGAAGUUCAUAGAAGCUGAACAGGUGCCUGAACUUGAAGCUGUUCUUCACCUAGUGAUUGCUUCUAGUGACACACGCCACAGUGUGGCAACAGCAGCAGACUUGGAACUGAAAAGCAAGCAAAGCUUAAUUGACUGGAAUAAUCCUGCCAUCGUCAAUAAGAUGUACAAGGUAUACCUUGGAGAUAUACCACUGAAGACAAAAGAGGGAGCAGUUCUGAAGCCUGAGCUGAAAAGGGACCCUGUUAGUACUAGAGUCAAGUUAAAGAUUGUUCCUCAUCUCCUUCGUUCUAGACAAGCUGCUGAAACCUUUCCAGCUAACAUCCAGGUUGUAUAUGAUGGACUUUUUGGUACAAAUACAAAUUCAAAGCUAAGAACAUUAUCCCUGCAGUUUGUACAUCAUAUUUGUAUAACCUGUCCAGAAAUCAAGAUUAAGCCUUUAGGUCCAAUGCUUUUGAAUGGCCUCACUAAACUAAUCAAUGAAUAUAAAGAAGACCCUAAACUACUGUCAAUGGCAUAUUCAGCUGUUGGAAAACUCUCCAGUCGAAUGCCCCAUCUAUUCACUAAAGAUAUAGCUCUUGUACAGCAGCUUUUUGAAGCUCUAUGUAAGGAAGAACCUGAGACUCGACUUGCUAUUCAGGAAGCAUUGUCUAUGAUGGUUGGAGCUUACAGUACUUUAGAAGGAGCACAGCGAACACUGAUGGAGGCACUUGUGGCUUCAUAUUUAAUAAAGCCUGAAGUUCAAGUUCGGCAGGUGGCUGUGAAAUUUGCCAGCACAGUGUUUCCCUCAGAUCACAUACCUUCCAGAUACUUGCUCCUACUUGCUGCAGGAGAUCCUCGAGAAGAAGUUCAUGGAGAAGCACAACGAGUGUUGAGGUGUCUUCCUGGUAAAAACAAAAAUGAAGGUGCUGCUAAGCAGAUGCCUUCUUUCCCAGAAAUGGUAUAUUAUAUACAAGAAAAGGCUUCCCAUCGAAUGAAAACUCCAGUCAAAUACAUGACUGGGACCACUGUCCUUCCAUUUAACCCAGCAGCAUUUGGAGAGAUAGUUCUGUACUUGCGCAUGUGCCUGGCUCAUAGUGCUGGGGUGGUGCCCACCUCUCAGAGUUUGGCUGAUAUGCAGGAUCACGCACCAGCCAUUGGGCGCUACAUACGGACCUUGAUGUCAAGCAGCCAGGCAGCAGCCUCAUCAUCUUCUAAUAAAAGUGGAGAAACCAAUCCUGUUCAGAUUUAUGUCGGCCUGCUUCAGCAGUUGUUAGCAGGUGUUGGAGGCUUGCCUGUCAUGUACUGCCUUUUGGAAGCUGUGUCAGUAUAUCCAGAAAAGUUGGCUACCAAGUUUGUAGAUAAAACAGAAUGGAUUAAGAGUUUGAUGAAUAGCAGUAAAGAAGAAAUGCGUGAAUUGGCAGCGUUGUUUUAUUCUGUGGUCGUGUCAACAGUUUCGGGAAAUGAGUUGAAGUCAAUGAUAGAACAACUUAUAAAGACUACAAAAGACAAUCAUAGCCCUGAGAUACAGCAUGGAUCCUUACUUGCAUUGGGAUUCACAAUUGGAAGAUACUUGGCUAAAAAGAAAAUGAGAGUGGCAGAGCAGCAAGACCUGGAGACAAAUUCUGAUUUCCUGCCUGACCAAGAGGAACUUAUUCAGAGCGCCACAGAAACAAUAGGCUCGUUUUUGGACAGUACCUCACCCCUCUUGACAGUUGCUGCCUGUACGGCUUUGGGUGAAAUUGGCAGAAAUGGUCCACUCCCAAUUCCUAGUGAGGGAGCUGGUUUCACCAAAUUACAUCUUGUAGAAAGCUUACUAAACAGAAUUCCUUCCAGUAAAGAAACAAAUAAGAUGAAAGAACGAGCCAUCCAAACACUGGGCUACUUUCCAGUUGGGGAUGGGGAUUUUCCUCACCAGAAACUCCUCUUGCAAGGUCUGAUGGAUUCUGUCGAGGCCAAGCAGAUAGAACUUCAGUUCACUAUUGGCGAAGCCAUCACUAGUGCUGCCAUAGGAACUAGCUCUGUGGCUGCCCGCGAUGCCUGGCUAGUGACCGAAGAAGAAUAUACUCCUCCUUCUGGAGCCAAAGUGAAUGAUGUGGUACCAUGGGUGUUGGAUGUGAUUUUAAAUAAACAUAUCAUCAGCCCCAACCCACAUGUGAGGCAAGCAGCUUGCAUCUGGCUCCUUUCCCUCGUAAGGAAGCUCAGUACCCACAAAGAAGUAAAGUCUCGUCUUAAAGAAAUUCAGAGUGCAUUUGUUUCAGUCUUGUCGGAAAAUGAUGAACUUAGCCAAGAUGUUGCCUCAAAAGGCCUUGGGUUGGUUUAUGAACUAGGCAGUGAACAAGAUCAACAGGAGUUGGUGACUACACUUGUAGAAACACUGAUGACUGGCAAAAGAGCUAAACAUGAAGUUUCUGGAGACACAGUGGUAUUUCAAGGGGGAUCCCUUGGCAAAACACCAGAUGGCCAGGGCCUUUCUACUUAUAAGGAGCUUUGUUCUUUGGCAAGUGAUCUUAGUCAGCCAGAUCUGGUAUAUAAAUUUAUGAAUUUGGCCAACCAUCAUGCAAUGUGGAACUCAAGGAAGGGUGCUGCUUUUGGUUUUAAUGUCAUCGCCACGCGAGCUGGAGAACAACUGGCUCCUUUUCUGCCUCAGCUGGUUCCUCGUCUUUAUCGUUAUCAGUUUGAUCCCAACCUUGGCAUUCGACAAGCCAUGACAAGUAUUUGGAAUGCGUUGGUCACUGACAAAUCAACGGUUGAUAAAUAUUUGAAGGAAAUUCUUCAAGAUUUGAUUAAGAACCUUACCAGCAAUAUGUGGCGAGUUCGAGAAUCCAGCUGUUUAGCUUUGAAUGAUUUACUGAGAGGAAGACCCUUAGAUGACAUCAUUGAUAAACUUCCAGAAAUUUGGGAAACACUUUUUAGAGUACAAGAUGAUAUCAAGGAGUCUGUACGAAAAGCAGCAGAACUUUCUCUGAAAACCCUGAGCAAGGUUUGUGUGAAAAUGUGUGACCCUGCGAAAGGUGCGGCUGGCCAGAGAACCAUUGCUGUCCUCCUCCCUUGUCUUCUGGACAAAGGAAUGAUGAGUCCUGUGACAGAAGUGCGAGCCCUCAGCAUUAACACCCUUGUGAAGAUCAGCAAAAGUGCAGGAGCCAUGUUAAAACCACAUGCACCAAAACUCAUCCCAGCUCUGCUAGAGUCCUUAAGUGUGUUGGAGCCUCAGGUUCUCAAUUAUUUGAGCCUCCGGGCUACAGACCAAGAAAAGGCUGCAAUGGACAGUGCUCGACUCAGUGCUGCCAAAUCCUCUCCCAUGAUGGAAACAAUCAAUAUGUGUCUGCAGUAUCUUGAUGUGUCAGUGCUGGGGGAGCUAGUUCCUAGAUUAUGUGAACUGAUCAGAAGUGGUGUAGGCCUUGGAACUAAGGGAGGCUGUGCCAGUGUCAUCGUGUCUUUAACUACUCAGUGUCCCCAGGAUCUAACACCUUUCUCAGGUAAACUUAUGAGUGCUUUGCUUAGUGGCCUGACGGAUCGAAACAGUGUGAUUCAGAAAUCCUGUGCAUUUGCAAUGGGCCAUUUAGUUCGGACCUCACGGGAUAGUAGCACUGAAAAACUGCUGCAGAAGCUCAGUGGCUGGUAUAUGGAGAAAGAAGAACCCAUCUAUAAGACAUCUUGUGCUUUGACUAUUCAUUCGAUUGGACGAUACAGCCCUGAUGUAUUGAAAAACCAUGCCAAAGAAGUUCUGCCAUUAGCAUUUCUAGGCAUGCAUGAAAUUGCUGAUGAAGAAAAAUCUGAAAAAGAAGAAUGUAACUUAUGGACUGAGGUGUGGCAGGAAAAUGUACCUGGGUCCUUCGGAGGCAUUAGAUUAUAUCUGCCAGAGUUGAUUACCAUUACCCAGAAGGCUUUACAGUCUCAGUCAUGGAAAAUGAAAGCCCAGGGUGCAAUUGCCAUGGCAUCAAUUGCAAAGCAAACCAGCUCUUUAGUGCCUCCAUAUCUGGGAAUGAUACUGAGUGCUUUGCUGCAGGGCCUGGCUGGCAGAACAUGGGCCGGAAAGGAAGAACUAUUGAAAGCUAUUGCCUGUGUGGUGACAGCUUGCAGUGCAGAGCUGGAAAAGUCUGUGCCUAAUCAACCCAGCACAAAUGAAAUUCUUCAGGCUGUUCUAAAGGAGUGUUGCCGGGAGAAUCUCAAAUACAAGAUUGUAGCAAUCAGCUGUACAGCUGAUGUGUUGAAGGCCACCAAAGAAGACAGAUUCCAGGAAUUUUCUAACAUUGUCAUACCUCUUAUCAAGAAGAACUUGCUUGAAAGCAUGGGAGUCCGGACACCUAAAACUGAAGAUGAGAAUGAAAAGGAAAGGGAGCUGCAGCUGGAGUCUCUGCUGGGUGCCUUUGAAAGUCUGGGCAAAGCCUGGCCUCGGAACGAAGAGACUCAGCGCUGUUAUCGUCAGGAAUUGUGCAAAUUGAUGUGUGAACGGCUAAAACUCAGCACGUGGAAAGUGCAGCUAGGCGUCCUCCAGUCAAUGAAUGCCUUUUUUCAGGGGUUAAUGCUUCUGGAAGAAGAACAUGCAGAUCCUGAGGCUUUGGCUGAAAUUCUCCUUGAAACUUGUAAAUCUAUCACAUAUUCUUUAGAAAAUAAGACAUACUCAUCUGUGAGAACAGAAGCUUUAUCUGUGAUAGAAUUACUGCUUAAGAGACUUGAAGAAUCUAAACAGUGGGAAAGUUUGACAUCUGAAUGCAGAGUGCUCCUGGUUGAGUCUUUAGCUACUAUGGAAACAGACAGCAGACCUGAGCUUCAGGAGAAAGCAUCAUUACUGAAGAAAACACUUGAAAAUCUGUAAUAAAUUAGAAGAGGAUGAAACAAAGAAGUGCCAUGUUCACUGGGGUUGAAAUGGUGGUAUUCUCUGAAAAACCAAGUGGGGAAAAGUAAAGAUUAAUCUGUAGCAUGCGUCAUUCCUUGGCUGAAAUAAAAAAAAAAAAAGCCUUAAAUUUUGUUCCUUAUUAGCUUUAUUUUACUUGAUGUUUUUAAAGUGUGUGGCCUAAAUGAACUUAAUAGAACCUUUGGUGUUUGAGAAUUGGUUGUAAACGAGAGUGUGGAAACAGUUCGCUAAAACAAUUAAAGCUGUUAAAAAAGGAAUUAGUAGAUACAGUUGCAGAGCAAGUUAAUAAAAAUCUUAGAACUGCAUCCAAGCUAAAGUUACUUCAAAAAGGUAACCUGUAAAUCAUUUACAAUGUAACUUCUCUUACACCUCAAGAAAUGGACUCACAGAUGACAGCACUUCCUUUCUGAAGUUUAUGACAAAGUCAGAACCAGGGGCUGAAUGUUCUUUUCAGUACACUUUCUUUUACAACAUAUGUCAGAUCAGUGCUAAUCCUGGGCGAUACUCAAAAACCCCCAAGAUGAGGUACAUUUAGCGCAGUGGUAGUAAACCCAUGGCACGUGUGUCACUGUGUUUUUCUUAUAAGACAGAAGAUGUUAAUGUAUGAGUUUUUCCUAAACUAAAACCUCACUCUUUCAAGUUUAAUUAAAGUGUUGGCAUUUGGGUUAAAUGAGUAGGUUUUAAUUUGGGAACUUGGGCUCGGAAAGGUUCACCAUCACUGAUUCAGUCCUCAUAUCAGAGCUAAAAUGACAGUUAUCACUGAACUCUUGAAAAUAAAAGCUGAACAUUGUUCAGAAUCUGGUUUGUCUAGCCCACCACUAUUGGACUACAUGUGACCCUGGGUGGCAAAUAAUGGGUCCCCACUAGAACAUGAUGCAAGCUUACAGUGUUAUUCUAUGAUUUUUAGUGAUUUUUUUUCUUCCAAGACCUUGUUGCAUGGUACUUGAGUAUAGCCAGCGUAAGCAAAAAAGGAAUGAAUAUUACAUAGGGGAGGGUGCAGUGCAGUGCUGACGCUGCUCGUGCACCUGGCACACUUGAUCAGUUGAAGCCCACGUGUAUCAAAUGUUAAAACUUGGCAAGUAAAACACAGUGAUGACCAAUAAGAACAUUUCCACCUAUCGCCACAUAUGUGUACCUAUAGAGCCAGACAUUAUUGUUAUGAAGCAAACAUAUAUAAGUUUGCUUAUUUAAUAAACUUGGGCUUGUUUUAUUUCAUAAAAUAAUAAUUUUAACAUUUUGUUAUAUACAUAUAUCAACUAUAUCAUAUUUAUUGUUUUUUUUUUUUUUUUUUUUUUUUUUGAUGCUGGGACUCGAACUCAACCUCACACUUGCCAGGUGGGCACUGUGCCUGUGAGCUGUAUCCUUGGACCCUCAUAAUUAUUGUUAUACAGUCCGUGACAGUUAUUUACUCAGUGGGGUCCUAGGUAAGCCAAAAAGUUGGAAAUCUAUAGUUUAGAUGGUUAAUUUUUAGAAAGAGACAUUUUAGCUCUUUACAGGUUAAGAAGACAACUUUAGUCCCCAUAUAAUUUGAAUUGAAGUCCUUUUAAAGGCAGGUAAAAGUUGAUUAGGACAACAUUGCUCUGUUUGUAUCUGUAAUAGUAUAUUUUGCAAACCCCAACCCAAAAACAUGAAAUUGCAGACUGAAUCAUUUAUAACUCUAAAACUGGAACAACUACUUAAAAUUUUCUAUUCACGGGGCGGGGGAUUUAGCUCAGCGGCAUAAGUACCUGUCUUGCAAGCAGGUAGUCGUGAGUUCGAUCCUUGGUACCCAUAAAAAUGAAAAAGACAAAAAUUUUUUUUCUAUUCACUUUGUGCUAAUAGUAUGACUUUGUAGGGUGAAAGGAAAGCCUUUAAAUUAGCCAUCUGAGAAUUCGUACUUUUUAAAUGCCCUUUUUCAAAAUAACACAAUACCACUCCCAGUAAACAGUUGUGGCCAGGGUUUCUUUUUCUUCGUUGUGCUGCUCAUGCCCCUGCCGAAGGGUGUCGGUAAGUUUAACCUAAGUGUUUAGGGUAAGCUGAGAGCGCUUUAGCUUGCCUUGGAUUCCAGAGCACAAGAUUACUUACAUUCAGUACUGUCCCUUUCUUGUCAUUAUUAUCGGAAGUCUCCAAUGACCAAACUGUUUCAAAAUUUUUUUGACUGUGACUGAAUAAAAACAAUUCUACAUCAUGGCCAAAAACAAUGUGUAUGACUAUAUUGUAUAUCGAGAUAUCUAAAAUAAAAUGUUUCGUGAAAUGACA